UUCCGGGAACACUGGCGUCGCGGAUGCGCGGAGUGUCGCUCUGGGGGCCCAAGGGGCUCCCAGCGCCCGCUUCGAAGCUGAGGCACUGCCUUAGGCCCAGCCGAGUCGACCCCGCCGACUUUCUGGCCGAGGAGCAGGCUUUCCAUAGCGCCAUUACCAUGGGGGAACCCAAUGAGAUGGUGCCCGAUUCAGGUGCUGUGUUUACAUUUGGAAAAACCAGAUUUGCUGAAAAUAUUCCCAGCAAAUUUUGGUUUAAAAAUGAUAUACCUAUAUCUCUUUCAUGUGGAGAUGAACAUAGUGCUGUUAUUACAGGAAAUAAUAAGCUUUUCAUGUUUGGCAGUAACAACUGGGGACAGUUAGGAUUAGGAUCAAAAGCAACUGUUAAGAAGCCAACAUGUGUCAAAGCUUUAAAACCGGAAAAAGUGAAAUUUGUUGCUUGCGGAAGGAACCACACCCUGGUUUUAACAGGAGGAGGCAAAGUGUAUGCCACUGGAGGAAAUAAUGAAGGGCAGCUUGGACUUGGUGAUACUGACGAAAGAAGUGCCUUCCAUCUAAUUAGUUUCUUUACAUCCCAGCAUAAGAUUAAACAACUGUCUGCUGGGUCUAACACUUCAGCUGCACUGACUGAGGAUGGCGAGCUUUUCAUGUGGGGUGACAAUUCCGAAGGGCAAAUUGGUUUACAAAAUGUAACGAAUAUAUGUGUCCCACAUCAAGUGACCAUUGGAAAACCUAUCUCCUGGAUCUCUUGCGGAUAUUACCAUUCAGCUUUUGUAACAACUGAGGGAGAACUGUACACCUUUGGAGAACCAGAGAAUGGGAAGUUAGGUCUUCCCAGAAAGCUCCUGGUCAAUCACAAAGUGCCCCAGCUGGUGCCUGGAAUUUCUGAGAAGGUGAUCCAAGUUGCUUGUGGUGGAGGGCACACAGUUGUUCUUACAGAGAAAGCUGUGUAUACCUUUGGGCUGGGACAGUUUGGUCAACUGGGUCUUGGCACUUUCGUUUUUGAAACUUCAGAACCCAGAGUGAUUGAGAGUGUUAAGGAUAAGAAAAUAAGUCACGUUUGCUGUGGAGAAAAUCACACAGCUUUGAUAACAGAAUCAGGCCUUUUGUACACUUUUGGAGAUGGUCGACAUGGAAAACUGGGACUCGGAAUGGAGAAUUUUACCAAUCAGUUCGCUCCCGCUUUGUGUUGUUAUUUUUUGAAGUAUAUAGUACAUUUGGUUGCUUGUGGUGGAUGUCACAUGCUAGUUUUUGCCACUCCACGACUUGGUAUGGCAGAAGACGUUGAGCCAGUUGAAAUAAAUAAUUUUUGCUUACCUUUGGCUCUAUCUGUGCCUAUCAGUGAUCCACCUUUAGAAAACAUGCUGCAGAGAUAUUUAUCAGCACGUGUGCGCCGUCGAGAGAGGGAGAAAUCCCCAGACUCUAUUCGAAUGACGGGAACACUACCUCCAGUUGAAGGGACUUCCCCACAACCCAUUUGUUUUUUGCCUCGCUUAGUUCCUUUCUCUAUGUCUGCAACUAACCUGCUAGAGAAAACGAUGACUGAAAAUGAAAACUCUACGCCCCCAAUGGAGCCAGAUUAUUUUCAACAUAAAAUGACCAAAGAGAAAGAAACAGACAGUCUUUCAGCAGAGGAUUCAGAAAGCCUUGGAGAAACUGCUGAUAUCUUAAAUAUGACACACAUGUUGCACCUGAAUUCCAGUGAAAAACUAAAAUUAUCGCCAAUUCAAAAGCAAAAGAAACAAGAAAUAAUCGAGAAACCGAAGCAGCAUACAACUUAUACUGAAAAUGAUGAUAGUAAUGAAUAUGAAAAUGAAGAGAUGUCCCCAAAAGUGACAGAAGGGAGAGUAUAUAAACAACUUUUGGCACAAGGAAUGUACAUGAUGCCAGCGACUUUAUCUAUGGAAGCAUUUUCAGAUGAGGACGUAGAGGAACAGGAAGGAGAAGAUGAUUCAGAAGGAAGUGGAAAAGAGGAGCAAGAGAUAGAGGCAAAUGAGGAGGAGUGUGGAGAAAAAGAGGAGGAGGAAGCAGAGCUCCUGUCAGAUGACCUUACAGACAGAGCUGAGGUGAGUGAAGGCAAAGGAAAGCAAGGGGGGAAGGCAGAACACGUGCCUGAAGGUGGAGGUGAGGGAAUCAGGAAGGAAGGUAAUUCAGGAGUAGAACAGAGAAGUAGAACAGGAAGUGAGGAAGGAGAAGAGGGGGAAGACAUGGGAGAGGGAGUAAUAGAGAGCCUGGGUGAUGGAGAGAAAGACCUGGAGGAGGAGGAACAACAGCCAAAGGAGAGGGAACAGGGCCACCAGGAGGAAAGAAGCACAGGGAGGAAAGAAGCAGAAGAGGAGGAGCAAGGAGGCGGGGAGGGAGAGGAAGAGGGAGGUGAGGAAGAAGAGAAAGACAAGGGGAAAGAAGAAGGGAAAGAGAAAGAAGAGGAAGAGCAGGAGGGGAAGGGGGAGGAGUUAGAAGAGGGGAGAUGGCAGGAAAGAGAGGGGAAAGGAGAGGAGGAGGGGCAGGAAGGAGAGGAGAAAGGGGAGGGAGAGGAGGAAGGGGAGGGAGAGGAGGAAGGGGAGGGAGAGGAGGAAGGAGAUGGGGAGGGGCAGGAAGGAGAGGAAGAGGAGGAGGAAGGAGAUGGGGAGGGAGAGGAAAGGGAUGGUGUGGAACAGGAAGGAGAGGUGGGAGAAGAGGAAGGAGAUGGGGAGGGAGAGGAGGAAGGGGAUGAAGAGGAACAGGAAGCAGAAGGGGGAGAGGAGGAAGGAGAUGGGGAGGUAGAGGAGGAGGAAGGAGAUGGGGAGGGAGAAGGGGAAGGGGAUGGGGAGGAACAGGAAGGAGAGGAGGAAGAGGAAGGGGAUGGGGAGGGAGAGGAGGAAGGAGAUGGGGAGGAGCAGGAAGGAGAGGGGGAAGAGGAGGAAGGGGAUGGGGAGGGAGAGGAGGAAGGUGAUGGGGAGGAGCAGGAAGGAGAGGAGGGGGAGGAGGAAGGGGAAGGGGAGGAGCAGGAAGGAGAGGGGGGAGAGGAGGAAGGGGAUGGGGAGCAGCAGAAAGGAGAGGGGGGAGAGGAGGAAGAAGAUGGGGAGGGAGAGGAAGAAGGGGAUGGGGAGCAGGAAGGAGAGGAGGAAGAGGAGGGGGGAGGGGGUGAGGGAGAGGAGGAAGAAGGAGAGGGGGAAGAAGAGUUAGAAGAGGGAGAAGGAGAGGAGGAGGGAGAGGUGGAAGGAGAGGAGGGGGAAGGAGAGGAAGAGGAAGGAGAAGAGGAGGAAGGAGGAGAGAAAGAGGGGGAGGGACUGGGAGGAGAGGGAGAGGGAGAAGAGGAGGGGGAAGAAAGAGUGGAGGAAGGAGAGGAGGAGAGAGAGAGGGAAGACACUGAGAGAGAAGAGGAAGAGGGGGGAAAGUGCCAGGAGACAGGCAAUGCAGAAAGUGGAAGGCAGGGAAGAAAGGGUGGGGGAAGGGAAUCCAAAGUGAGCCAAAUCAGAGGAUCUGGGAAAUACGACAAAGAUAGAACACAUCCAAAAAGGUUUACUACUCACAGGGAGGGGAAGGGGGAAGGGCAUGAAGUACAGAGGUUCAAAAUGCCAGUGCAGUCAAAACAACUUUUAGAAAAUGGGCCACCAGGUUCCAAAAAAUUUUGGAAUAAUGUAUUACCACAUUAUUUGGAAUUGAAGUAACAGAUUUUAAAUUUGACCUGAUUAUGUCCAACCAAACAAUUUUAACAUCUUAUGCAUAAUAGGCACUCAUUUUAUUACAUUGAUUUUGUGUCAUGGUUACUUUACAUGUGGUACAUAAAGAUAACUUGAGGCACUGGUAAAUUUUGGCUUCUCUUAAACUAUUAUUUUGGUGUCCCCCCAAAUUAUAUAGCUAAAAAAUAUCAAAAGGUCAUAGCAUAUAGUUAAUAUUCUAAUUCCUCACUAAAGACAGUGUUAUGAAGGAGUAUAUUAUAAAAGUAUUUUGUUUGUGUAUAUAAGUAAGUCCCUUUAAAAAUGGCACAGAUCUUUAAGGGUUAUAAAAAUGUCUAAUCUCAUAACUAUCUAUGUUAGCAUAGUUUUUUCAGUCUGUAACUACAGUUUGCCCACCAUAUAGAAUAAUGUUGAUAAGAACAGGUGUUAUUUUAAAGCCAAAUGAGGAAUUCACAUAUUUUUUAAAGUAGUGCUUUUUAUCUUUAAUGUGUCCCUUUUGCAACAAUCUACAAAGUGACACCUGGGUUCAGAGUUUAGAUUCUAAUGUCUCUUUUAGUUACUGUUUGGUAAAUGACAGAAUAUAUGAUGAAAUGAAAAUGAACAUAUAUUCUAGAAGUAUGAAAAUCUUUUAAGUGGUUACUUGCCAGGCAAAGCUACUCACUGGGCUUCGGUUUCCUUAUCUGUAAAAUAGACUGGAUUAGAUGGUAUAAUAAUUAAAGCCCUUUGUAACUCUUAGAUUCUUUCACCCUAACAUGUUAUUUGCUUAAGAAAAUUUUUAAGGAAGAAAAAUCAUGUUUUACAGUUAAUCCAGUUUUCUAUAAAAUGUUAUUUACUCUUAAAUUAUGACAGCUUUAAUAUCUUUUGUCUUCUGUAAUUCUGUAUUUGCAUCUCCUAUAAUUUCUGAACUUUCACUAUACUGUCAGACCUUCAUUCCCAGUACUGCCAUUCCCAAUGUCUGUUACUUAUUGUCAAUGUAUUCUUCAUUCACUAUUCUGUAAUUCUCUGUUUGUUAUUUGUCAGAAUGUUUCAAGUAAAAUAAAAAUUAAAUGCUUACAGUCAGUAGUUGUUUGUGAAAAGAGAAACUUUUAGAUAUUGGAUUUUAGAGAGGCUAGAUUUCCACUAGAGUAAUUCCAUUGUAUAUAAUGCAGCCAGUUUGUUUCUUCAAAGCUUUCCUUCCCCAGCCCCUUCAAUAUCUUAUACAUGAUGGAUUUCUUAUACUUUCCUUUUAUCAAGGAGGAUUGUGAUGGUAGACAUCCUGUGAAUUUUGUGUAGGUUGAAUUCUUUACACAUUUGAUUUUCCAUGAGGAGAAAGACUCAGAAAAUGGAAAAAUUCCUAAAGGUAGUUGUAAAUUGUCUUUUAGCUGCGAGACUUUCUGGUAGCUUCCACUAACUAACCAAAUAUGUGAGUUUGGCAUUGCAGUGUUCUACCACACUCAUUAGUGUUAGAAUCUAAUUAAUACCUAGAUUAAAAUGUAUGUAUUAUGUUGAUUCUAGUGCCAAACAUGGUUGUUUUAGAAGUACACUUAGGAUUAAAUAGGAUGGAUGACAGAAGUGGAGUUCAUAGAGGAAAAACCUCCAAGGAGAUGAGAAACUCUUAAGCUCAAGUACAGUGGUAAAGGUGUGGGUGUUCAUCUUCCACUCAAGAGGUAAUCAGCCCUCAAUACUGAAAUGAUGCUCUUAAAAUAUGUCCAUCUCAGAAUUUGAACGAGUUGAGAUAGCCAUUUGUAAACAGCAUUUCUUACCCUUUUCUUUACCUUUUUCUAGCCAAAAACAAACAAAAAAAUUGUGCUCUUUUAGAAGCAUUCAUUCAUGCAGGACUAGUGCUCUGGUUAAAAGAGCACUGGCCUACUCAUCUUCAGACCUGAAUUAAUACUUGGCUAGGUAGUUUGGAGUAGCUAGUUCCCUCUUUAUUGUCCACAUCUGCUGGUUGAUCAGGCUUUUACUGUACUUUAUCAGUGAUCAUUUCUGAGGCAGUAUCAGUGAUCAUUUAUGAGGCAAGUGUGAGUUGUGUAUGUAGAAUCCAUUGAAUUACAGUUUCAAAUGAGCACUCUGGCAGAAAAAUAAGGUAAGAUACAAAGGAGGACAACAGAAACAUCUGCCGCUGUGGACCAGCAGCACUCCAGGUGAGUGUAAUUGAAAUGUUCUCUAUUAUUUCACUAUAGAAAUCAUUGAUUUCUAUACUGUAUUUCUAUUACUGUAUACAUGUAGAUUAAAAAUAAAAUGCUACCAUGGAGGAAGUUGCUGUAAUUCCGUCCUUUCCUUCUUUCCAUUGUGAAAGUUAAAUGUGAUAUUCCAUGCCCAGUACCUGACACAUAACUUAUAUUUGGUGCAUGUUAUUCAAUCAACAAAUAUUUAUGUACCAAGCACCAAAAAGAGGACAGAAGCUACCCCAAAUCAGGUGGAUCUCAAGAAGUGAGGGCUGCUCUCAGUUAACCUCCUGUGGCCCUCCAACCUACCAGGGACUUUAGGUAGGUAUAGAUUUCUUGAAGGAACACCAGGGUGAAAGAGUUCCUAUAACUCUGCCUGGACUGUUGCUUAACAGUGCCCUUGUAUUUGCCGAUACCCCUGUGUUCUUGGACAGAUGGUUUUAUCUGCCCAAUGAUGAAAAUAUGAUUUAAAGAUGAAUCUCUGGCUUUCCUCCAUUAAAUCCCUUAAUUAAUAAGAACGUGGUUUUUAUACUCUAAGCUGUUUCUACAGAUUGACCAGAAAAUUUAUCAGCAUAAUAGAGUGCUUCAAGUGUGGCACUUCAGCUGCCACCGAGAAAGACCAGGCAAGGGCUUCCCAGGAGUGAUAGUGAAAUGGGAAAUGAGUCAUGAAAAGUAAAACCUAUCCGGGCAAAGAGUGGGCUGGGCGAUGGAAGCCAGGAGAGUGUUUCAGUGUGACUGCAGCCUCAAGUACCCUUGGACUAGACAGAGAGGCGUGAGACCUUCUGUGUUUAUAAAAGAUGUUAAACAGGAGUAAGGUUGAUCACACUUGGGCUUUUGUGGCAUCCAUCUGUCAACAGGAUGGAGGGUGGAAUGGAAAGGGAGAGGACCAGAGUCAGGGAUAGCAGUCAGAGGGCAGUUACAGUUGAAUAGGCAGAGACUGAAGCGGGGCUGGACUAAGACAGUAGGAUGGAGAGUUGGAAAUGUGUCAUUACAGGAGAUUUAGGGAUAGAAUUGGAGGGCUUAGAAUUGGGUAAAGAUAUGUAGCUUGGAGGGAGGGAAAAGGCCAAGCUUUUCCUGUUUCUGGCUUGGAGAAUUGGGAAGAAAGACUGCCAUACAUGGAGGCUGAGAACUGAGGAGUAGGGGCAAAUUGAGGAGACUGCUUGGGGCUUUUUCAUCCAGGAGAUGUUCAAUAGACAAAUACACAUCUGGGUCUGGCACUCAGGGAAGAUGCUGCAUAUCACCAGCUUAUGCAUAUAGUUAAAACUGUGGAUUUGAAUGAGAGGCAGCAUUCAGAAUGUGAAAAGAAAAGAGAACUGCAGAGAGAAUUUAGGGAAACAUGAGUAGGUAAGGGCAGAUUGAGAAAGGGAAGUCUAAGAAGGAGCGAGGGUAAGAACACUUUCUAGGAGACAGGGGUCCCCAAAGCCAGGGAAGAAGGAGCAGUGGAGGGCCACAGGGCUGGGGCAGAGCCCAUGUUGCAUCAAAGAGUGAAC